AUGGAUAAAGAAGAAAUAAGGUAAGCUUUAAAGCAAUCACAAAAUAUAGAAAAUAGAAGAAUAUAAAUCGCAAAUUCAGUUAGAUGUUUAGAUUGCUCAAAUAUGAAUUCAAGUAUUGAGCAUGUUGAAUCGCCAAUAGCAAGAAAUCAAAGAAAUGUUGUUAAUACUUUGAUUAGAAAGGGUUACACUGACAGAGAAAUAUAUGAGGAAUUUAGCGGUAUUUUUGGUAAACAUUCUAUUAUUGAUGUAAGAUAUACAGAUGGUUAUAGCAAAUAAUAAAUGCAAAAAAAAUAAAUUAAGUCUGCAUUAGUUUGUAUUUCUACUUUGGCUACUCCUUAUAUAGGCUACAAAUUAUUGAAAAAAUUCUUAUUUAAAAAAUGA